GAUUUCCAGUUCAGACAGCUGACAAAGUUGCGAAUCUUCCAGCCUCCACAAGAACUUCCCAAAGAUCGCUCCACUCUCUUGGCUUUAUCCAACAAGUAUGGGUUCCUGUUUUUUGGUUGUCCUUCUGGCCUGAAGAUUUUCUCCACCAAAGAUGUUCUUAUCCCAAUAAAAGCUGGAGAGGACCCAAACAGCAUUGUUGCCAGUCCACCUGGGAUUGAAGUGCCAACCACAUAUCCAGUGCAUCAUGUGGCCUUGAGUUUUGACAACCUCACUCUGUCCGUCUGCAUGUCCUCCAGUGGAGGUGGCUGUACAAUCUCCUUCUAUGAUACUCGUACACUACUGAACAAGGCCAAGCAGCCUAAACAGGCCUUUGCAUCUCAAACACUUUUGCAACAUGCUGGCAGCUUUGUUGCAGACCUUAAAUGGAACCCAGUGUCUCCCACUGUGGCUGUCUGUCUAAGUGACGGGAGCAUUGCUGUCCUACAGGUCACAGAGUCAGUAAGUCUGUAUGCUAGCUUGCCCGCAUCUACUGGGGUUACCUCAGUGUGUUGGAGCCCUAAAGGGAAGCAGCUGGCUGUUGGAAAAGAGAAUGGCACAGUUGUGCAGUACCUCCCGAAUCUCCAAGAGAAGAAAGUUAUUCCCUGUCCUUCCUUUUACGAUUCGGAUAAUCCAGUUAAAGUGCUGGAUGUUCUAUGGAUCAGCACAUACGUCUUUGCAGUGGUGUAUGCAGCUGCGGAUGGCUCUGUAGAAACAUCUCCUCAGCUUGUGAUGGUCUUGCUUCCGAAAAAAGAAGACAAACGAGGGGAGCGCUUCUUGAACUUUACAGAGAUCUGUUACUGCAGCAUCAACAAUGAAAGACAGCAUCAUUUCUUUAUGAAUUACAUGGAGGACUGGGAUGUCCUACUCGGAGCUUCUGCAGCUUCCGUAGAAGUCAGUGUAAUUGCCAAGCUACCUGAUCAGAACACCUGGGAACUAUGGAUUUUGGAAGAUUCUGGCCGAGCUGAGCUACCAUUAUCGGACAGCAACGAUGACACAUUGCCUAUGGGAGUUGUACUUGAUUAUACCAGCCAGCUAGAAAUAGCGAUCAAUGAAGAGAAAGUAUUGCCUCCUUCCCCCAUACUUAUUAUAAUUUCAACUGAUGGUGUCCUGUGCCCAUUUCAUGUGAUCAACUUAAUUCCAAAUGCAAAGUCUCUUACCACACCCCUGGAAGAACUCCGACUGGAGGGGGAGCGACAGUCUAGAAGUGCAUCAAGCGUUCCUUCCCAUGCCCCCCAGGCUCUUGGAGCUCCACCUAGUACACUUCCAGCCAUCAAUCCAUCUUUUAACAUUCCUGUAUCUAACCUUGCUUCCAAAGUUAUGCCAUCACCCCCUGCAUUUAGUUUGCCUGACACUACCAGCAAACCUGCCCAGGUGUUCACUCCUGCCGCUGCAAGUUUUUCCACCAAACCGCAGACCGCGUCACAGGUGUUCAGUGCUCCUGCAGCAAAUUUUCCCAGCAAACCUCAGGCUACUCCGCAGGGAUUUGGUGCAACUGCUCCAAGCCUGCCCAGCAAGCCACAAGCUAGUGCUUCACAUUUUGGUGUCUCAGGCCCUGUUGGAAAACCUCAAGAAUCUACUACAACUUUUAGCUUUUCUACAAAUUCACCAUCUGCUUCAGUAGGAACAGCCAACACUGGCUUUUCUGUGGCAGCAAAUCCCCAGGGUUUUUCCUUCUCUGUGCAGGGACCUCCAGCUUUUGGAACCUCCUCUUCCAAGCCGGACAACUCCCCUAACAUCGCACAACAACCAGCGGGCUCCAGUUUUGCAUUCUCUACAUCUAAUGUCAAAGUGAACCUUAACGAGAAAUUCAGUGCUGUUGAUGUAGCAGCCACGAAAUCUGGUUUUGCUCCUCAUAGCCAGUCAUAUCCUUUAACUCCUCCCGUGAAGUCCACAGUGGCAGUUGCUCCCCAGAGCAGCAUUGUGCCUCCACCACUUCAGUCACCGUCCUUGAUGGCUCCUAACCGCUCGUUUCCUGAGGGCCAUCUGCAACAAGCAACCCCAGUAAUGCGCCAGAAGACAUUGAAGAUCAGUUCAUCAGAGGUGAAGCAAACACCUCCUCAGCCCCAAGCUACCAACCCUAUUCUAAAUGCAAUGCAAGAAGAGAUUGCUCACUUUCAGAAAGAGAUGGAUGAAUUAAAAGUACGGACGGCAAAGUCCUGUUUCACUGUGGGGACAGAUGAGGAGAUGAGACAAUUGAAGACAGAGUGCAAUGAUCUUGAUUCCUUUGUGCGGGAAAUCAAGGCAACCACAGAGUCUCUACAUAAUGAUAUUGGAUGUCUUCAAACCACCCUGCGCGAUGCAUUUACAAUUGUGCAAGAUGCAAAAGAACUGAAUGAAAAAAAAAAGAAUCCAGUAUACCGCUGUCUUCUGCAGCAGAGACCUCUAGACCCUAAAAGUGAGGCACAGAUGCAGGAGAUUCGCAGACUCAAUCAGUAUGUGGAAUAUGCUAUUCAGGAUGUUAAUAAUGUCCUUGAUUAUCGAUGGGAGCAGUAUUUGUACAAUAGGAAAAAACAAAGGGGCAUUGCUGUUCCGCAGCGAGAGACGCUUUUUAACACGUUGGCUAGUCAUCAGGAAAUCAUAAACCAGCAGAGGCAACGUUUAAACCAGCUGGUAACCAAAUUGCAGGACCUCGCCCUGUACAACCAGACCUCUCAGUGGAGUGUACAGAUAGAGGCAUCCACUGGUCAGAGACAAUUUGAAGAAGAGCUAAAAAACCUGCAAAUUGCAAUGUCAAAAACUGCUUUGGACAUACAGCCCCAAUCUUCACCUAAAGUACAGCCCAAGAUAUCAAAAUUAAAGCUGAACCAGCUGAGAAAUUUUCUGGCCAACAGGAAACCGCCAGUGGUUAGAUCACUUGCCCCAGCCAACCUUUCUCGGUCAUUAUUCCUGGCCCCGAGUUACCUUGAAAACUUGGAUGAUGUAAGCUCAACAUCUGUAUCUGAGGCAGCACUUAAUGAAGAGAUUCAGGCACCUACACAACACGAGGCAUUUAAACAAGAGACUCCACCACCUGAGCCGUCUUCUCUCCGAACUGUGCGCCACGCUCCAGUGACACGUACUGCAUCUGUGCAACCAGGCUUUGGAACACCAUCACUUCCAUUUGGAAAAGCUCAGUCUCAAGUUGGUCCAAUUACAAGCACUCCUGCAGUCCCUGCACAAUCAAUCAGAGUGAUCCCACAGGGUGCGGACAGCACAAUGCUGGCAACCAAGACUGUGAAACAUGGAGCUCCCACUGUCACUGCUCCACAGGCAGCUGCUGCAGCAGCUAUGAGAAGACAAAUGUCCAGCCAGGUGCCAGCCUCGCUGACUGAAUCUACCCUGCAAACUGUACUCCAGGUGGUCAAUGUUAAAGAAUUAAAAGGCAAUGGGCCUGGUCCAAACAUUUCCACAGUGAUUGGGCCUUCCGUUCCACAGUCUGCUGCUCAGGCGAUCAACCAGGUGCUAGUGACAGUAGGAUCAGCUCCUGCUAAACAGGCUCAGGUGCAGCCACCCAGUGGAUUAAAGACACCAUGUGCUUCAGCUCCUACAAGCAAUGUCAUUGCACAACCAGGAUCUGGGUUGGCAACCAACAAAAUGGGACAAACCAGUUCAAAAUUUGAAGCCCAGACUACAUUGUCUUCAGCUGCCUUGACUUCUGGUAUACCAGGCAACAAAGCAUUUUCUUUUCCAGGACAAAGUGGUGUGUUCUCAUUGGGAAAUGGCGCUCCAUCCUCUGCUCCUUCAUCCAGUCUGGGAAGUACAGCUCAAGUAAAGGACACUAGCCAGCCAACCCCUUUAACCAACAGCAAUGGAAACAAAUUCCAGUUUGGCCUUGUACCUGAAGCAAACUUUGCUUUUGGGCCCCCUAAGCCAGGCACUGGUAACACCACUGCUAGCACCUCGGAUUCUACAAGUGCUAGACCAACCUCUGUCCAGGCACCUCCACCUACUACAUCACUAUCUACUGCUGCAGGCACUGCAGCAGCUGCACAGACCUUCACUGGUGGAGAGACUCUGGGAAGUUUUUCAGGACUGAGAGUUGGUCAGGUUGAAGAAGUACCUAAAACAGAGCCUACUAAAGUCACUCCGCCAAUACAGCCAGUAAAAAUUUCUGGUGCUGCUUCUUCGACAGCCAUUGGAGGUUUUCAGCCUUCAAAACCUGUAGAACCAGCUUCAACGACAAGCAGCUCUUCAGCCAUAUUUGGUAAUAUGAAAUUUGCAAACACGGGGAUACCUGGCAUGUUUAAUUCUAGUGGCAUUAAGCAGAACUUCUCAUUUGCAACACCAGCCACCGCAACAUCUGUAACUGAAGUUUCGUCCACAGUGCAAGUUACAUCAUCUCUGCCUUUUGGUGGUUUCAUAGCGCCUUCAACAUCACUUCAGACUCCUACAACAACAGUUUCUGCUGCACUGCUUACACCUGUACCUAGCUCCACAUCUGUGGAGGCCAAGCAACCAGCACUUGAAAAACCAUUGAAUGAGCCUGUGGUGCUCCCUCCUCAGCUGCAAGCAUUGCUUGCUGCCACAACAGACAGUAGUAAGGAGCCUGUUUCUGCAGCGGCUGGAAGAACAAUGACCACUGUUCCUGCUGUCAUACCUACAGUUACUAAAACACAACCUGCUACAGAAGCUAAGACAACUACACCUGUUUCCGUUUUUUCAACCACAGAAAGUUCCAAUUUAAAUGUCCCCAUCACAUCCACACCUACAUCAAUCAGUCAUCUGGCUCUUCCUGCAGCUACUACCUCUGAGGGACCCUCUUCUCAGACUCCAGUGUUGGUUACAUCCACUCCUACAUUAGGCCCAACCAGCACACAGGUCACAUCUGCACCUACAGGGUCUACUGCAACAGGAUCUUCUUUUGGCCAGCCUCUAGUAAUAGCUGCACCUACUCCAACCACAACAGCUGGUUCUCUCUUUGGCCCAGCCCCAGCACCUAGUACAGGUACUCCUCUGUUUGGUCAUCCAAGCAGUACAUCAACCACCACAUCUGGAAUUACUACUUCUGGCUUUGGCACACCAAGUUUUGGAUCAGUAGAUGGUGGUGGAGGCUUUGGACAGCCUGCGUUUGGUCAAACAGCAUCACUUUGGAAAGCACCAGCUAGCUCUGCCAGCAGCUUCUCCUUUGCACCAUCAGCCUAUGGAUCACAACCAGCCUUUGGGCAGACUCCUGCUUCAACUGCUGCAACCAGUAGUAGUGGCAGUCUGUUUAGAUGGCCUGCAAACACAGGCGGGUCAAGUACACUCUCAUUUGGGCAACUGCCAAGCAGCAACAGUGCAUCCACUGCUGGAGGAGGCCUAUUUGGACAGAGCAGCACCGCAGUUUUUGGCCAGAACUCCACAUUUGGGCAGAGUGCUCCUAUUUUCGGCAGUGCAAGCUCAUCUACAACAACAACGUCAUCUUCUGCGUUCAGCUUUGGGCAACCAUCAGCAUUUGGCUCCAAUUCCACUGGACCAGUAUUUGGCCAAUCACAAAGUGGCGAUGCAAACGUCUUUGGACAGGUA